CAAACAUGUUUCAUAAGAGUUCACUUACUGACCUUGAGCUGCUCUCGUACUGUUCCGUAUUUCGAUCUAUGGCAAAGACAAAAUUACGAACCAGAGGCCCUAGUGACACACGUGAAUAACGAUUAAGAGCAAUUGAAACGAUUAAAACGAUAAAAAAUUGAAAGAUUACCAGACGAUUAGCGGCCUACAAUGUUUUCGUCAGUGGCAAGGAGGAUUGUUGGGCGUUCGUUUUCAACGACGAAAUGGAGUGCCGCACAGCAGAUGACCGUACGAGAUGCUUUGAACUCGGCACUGGACGAAGAAAUGGAAAGAGACGAAAAAGUAUUUUUACUUGGUGAAGAAGUAGCAUUAUACGACGGAGCAUAUAAAGUUUCUAGAGGCCUCUGGAAAAAAUAUGGUGACAAGCGUGUCAUCGAUACUCCCAUUACUGAAGCUGGAUUUACUGGUAUAGCUGUUGGAGCUGCUAUGGCUGGUUUACGUCCUGUAUGCGAAUUUAUGACAUUUAAUUUUUCUAUGCAAGCAAUCGAUCAAAUUAUCAAUUCUGCUGCCAAGACAUUUUACAUGUCUGCUGGCAGGGUAAAUGUACCAGUUGUUUUUCGUGGACCCAAUGGAGCAGCAGCAGGUGUAGCAGCGCAACAUUCUCAGUGUUUUGGGGCCUGGUAUAGCCACUGCCCUGGUUUAAAGGUAGUAUCACCCUAUAACAGCGAAGAUGCAAAAGGAUUAUUAAAAGCUGCCAUUCGAGAUCCUGACCCGGUUGUUGUAUUAGAAAAUGAAAUAUUAUAUGGUGUUCAAUAUCCUAUGUCAGACGAGGCUUUGUCAAAAAACUUUCUCUUACCAAUUGGUAAGGCAAAAAUUGAACGUGUUGGCAAACACGUUACGUUAGUAGCACAUUCCAAAGCAGUUGAGCAAGCUCUUGAAGCAGCGAAUGAACUUGCCGGCAAAGGAAUAGAAGCAGAAGUAAUAAAUCUUAGGUCUUUGAGACCAUUAGACAUAGACACCAUUGUACAGUCGGUAAUGAAAACGAAUUAUAUCUUAACCGUGGAACAAGGUUGGCCACAUUGUGGUAUCGGAGCGGAGAUUAGUGCUAAAAUUUCAGAGAGUGAAGCAUUCUAUCAUCUUGACGCACCGGUAAUUCGUAUUACGGGCGUUGAUACGCCUAUGCCUUAUGCGAAAACAUUGGAAAGCGCAUCUUUGCCGACAAUGAACGAUAUAGUUUAUGCAGUAAAUAAAGUACUAGGUUUGGCAGAAUAGAUAUUUAUAUAAAUCUUUAGGUAAAAUUUGAAUUUCCCGUUUAUCUCCCCCUCGAGUUUUACGCGGUUUUUGUAUCCCUUCACAUUACGGCCUCCUGUACAUUUCUUAUGAAGUAGAAUAUAAGUAUAAUAUUUAACAGUGAUAAGAUAAUUAAUAGAAUGUUAUUUCACUGACAAAAAAGAAAUUCAGUUUACAGUACUUGUACAUUAUAUUUGUAAAUGUACAUAUACUUAGAAAUUAAUGUGUUUGAUCUUAUUAUGUGCAAGCAUGUAUACCUGUACAUAUGCGUGUGUGUACGUUCGAAAUAAUAUAUUUGUAAGAGAUUCAGCAAAUACCAAGGUAGCUUUUAAAUUUUUAUGACGUUCGAAUAAAUUAAUUAACAAUAUAACGGUUGUCUAUUAAGACGAAUUAGCAUCGUUACUUUUGAAAUAUCCGAGUACCCUUCUUCGCACAUGAGAGAAAGAUCAUAAAAAUACUGCCAUUUAUAUAUUUAAAUGCUACUAAGAAUUACAUCUCUCACUUCAAAAUAUCUAAAAAAAAUAAACAGGUAAAAUUGUAAAUUCUUAGUGUGUAUGAAUUGAACAAAUAAACAUGCUGCAUUUGUUUAUUAA